AGCCUAUUAGGCACAGCACAAAUGUACACCUAUACUCUCUCAUGCAGAAAGACAAGGCCGCCGGAUCAUGGCACAGCUUUUUUGACCUUGUCUGUGGCCCCCCUCAACCUCUGCAUCGACGGCCUCGAGAGAAGAGUCGCCGGCUCGCCGCCCUGCUCCGGCACCAGCAAAACCGCCAGGUGAUCCCCGACAACCAGCUAGAGCAGCUAGCCGCUGCAGCAGAAGGGACCUUCUUAUCGCCGUGAUUCGAUUGGGCGGUGCGGACUCCAUGCCGCUUAAUCCUACAGAAAUUGUGGAGUGCGAGCGUUCCGUCGAUCUCCACGAUCGACUGGACACCAUGGAUAUAGCCUCAGAUUUCAUGCCUGUGAUGCCAGCUCGGGAUUUCUGAUUCUUGAAUAAGGCGUAUCGUUGAGUUAAUCACUUGAUUCUCACCUUAGCCAGCCCUGAUCUUUCAUCUCCAACAGCAUAUAGGAUCACAAAGACAUUCUGAUUCCUCAUCACCCAAGAUCCCGGGUGCUAGCUAUCACACUAUGUGCCAAUGGCCAGCUGUGCUGCUCUAGUUACAGGAUGCAUUCUUGUGGCCUGCCCACCUUGUGUGAAUCGUGUUAGGAGAAAGAUCCAGGGCAGUAUGUUUCUCCAAUCUCAGCACAACCGUGUUAGACCACAUUUUCUGGGCUCACAUAUAAGCCAAUGGUUCGGCUGUGCUCCUGUCGGUGGCCAUCUCACAGUUGCCCACGCUCAAGGUCGGAGCUGUCUAUUUCGUUUUGCACCAAAGAUGACUAUUCAAGGCCUACUACUUGUGUUGCAAGGUUCCAGAAAGGCUUGCUUUGAUGGUUUCCAUGACAGCACUGUCAUUUCUUCUUCUAUUGUACAAUCUAGAGAAAUUUUAGUUUCAAAAAAUACCAGGCAACUUCUUAUAUGCUAAACACCACUUCACAAGUAUAUAGUGGCUCUUAAGUCUUAACGCACUACUUUUAUCCAUUUCCAUCAAACAGAACCUAAACAUGCUGUACAAUGUGAUAAAAUAUGUGGAGGAAGAUGAAGAUGGUAUAAAAAAUAGAUACUAGGAAGGGACUAUAUAGAGAUAUAUCAAUAAUUAUGGAAAUGAGAGCAAUAUUUGAAGCAAGGGAGAGAAGGAAGAAGACAAAAGGCUGACAAUUGGGCAGCCGUCAUUCACUAAAUGUUCAUGUCUUUGUAUGAUGUUGAUAACUUCUUUAUCAACAUCAUAUAUUUUUCUUAUUUUAGAUUCUAUGUAAUGAAAUAUGGAGGUGUCAUGUGCCAAAAAGGUUACAAAAAGCGUUAAGCAUUAAGCGAGCAGUGAUCCACCGCCUAAAUCUUAAGCAUGAUCAAGCAUUCCUAAGCGUGCUUAAGAAUUUUGUAAUGUAGUACAAAUUUUGAGUUUUGGUAUUAAAUCUAACAAAUGGGAGAUGAGAGUGGAGAGCAACCGAGAGAGUGCAAAUGAAUCAAGGGUCGGGUCCCUCUCCACCUUCCUCUCCUUGGAGGUGCGAGGGGUGGUUUUCACUAUUUCCCUUUACAUGGUUUGUAUUUAUAAAAGAGCAUCUAGGGGCUACAGAUAUGUCGUAAUCAUUAUCUCAUAAGUCUCUUGGCUAUAUAAUUAGACCUUGGACACACUAAUAGGGGUCCCUAGCGUAUAAUAUACCCUCAACAAUAGCCCCUUGCCCUCUUGGUUAUUUGGAUUUGAUUGGAGGUACAGGACCCAAUAGCUGAAUACAACAAAGUGUGGUCCAUUACAAAUUAUAUCUUGGGGUUGCGAGGGUUAUGGUUCAUUACAACUAGAUAGCUGGGCUAUGAGGAUCGUCUUUCACAGCCCAUACUUGUGUGUCUCACUAAAAACUCCAUCCCAAAAAUCUAGUGAGAAAAAGGAUAUGGAGAAAAGAGCAUGCACACAACACUUGUCCAUAUAGAGAUGCUUUUAUCCUUAUCAAAACUUUGCUCGAACCUCCAAGACUUCACCUUUGGUAAUGGUCCUUUACCUAGCUCUAAAUCCUUGAUAACUUUUCUUUAUAGCUGAGCUUUGACGAUAACAAUAGAUGUAGGUGACGUAGGCAACAUAGUUGUAGACGAUCAUGACACAUCUUCAAGUUUUCACUCACGAGCGUCAGUCAGAUCUUGUGUAUUCAGAUGGAUUGCUUGUGCAAUGCGUUCCUUGCCACCCCCUCUUGACCGACGCUUGUGAGAAAUUCUUUCGCGUGGUUGAAGUAGAUGAUGCAAGCGUGGUUGUUGUCACAGAUGUUGUAGAUGGUGAUCUCCCUGCUCCAAAUUUAUGGUAAAGGUGAAGUCAAAGAUGCUGCUGAUGGUGAUCCCACUACUCUAAUUUGACGGUGAAGGUGAAGCCAAAGUGUUGAUGUUGGUGGUGAAACCACUUAUCGAGGCAUUGUGAAGGCAUAGUCGAUGAUGAUGAAGUCAAAGACGAAGCCCCUUUGUGAAACAUUAGCGGAAGUAUAGUCGAUCUUAGAGCCCUCUAGGCGAGCACAAUUAAGAACAUAUAUGUUGAGAGUUGACAUGAACUACUCAUAUGUCCACGCCUAAUGUAGGUACAUGAGGACCAAAUUCGAUCUAUAAUCCUCCAUGUGCAUCAUGAGGCGUGGCAUAAUAUCGAAGUAAGAUGGUGCGAAGCACAUCUCGAGCCAACAAAGAGUCUCCACGGUGAAGGCUUUCAGGGCAGGUUAUCCCAUCAUGGCUGAGACAAAUGAUGCCAGCCCUUCGUCGAAACUCCAUACAAGAUUGAGACUCUGGGAGUUUCCUGACUGUUAUGUAUUUGAACCAAUUGAUGGCCUUGCUGACUUGUACCUAUCAGUUAGCCGGACCAGCGGAACAAUGAAUCUAGUUCAAGACUUGCCAUCACGUGGAUCCACUACAAAACAUAAAGUUCAAACAGUAUAUGGUGUGAUAGGAGUACUCAAACUUGCAGUUGGAUCAUAUUUUGUGGUGAUCACGGAUCGUGAUUGUGUGGGAUCCUACUUUGGACACGCAAUUUUUAAAGUGACAGGACUAAAAAUUCUUCCCUGCAAUAAUGCACAUAACACCACCUCUACUGAUCAGAAAAAAAUGGAAACAAAAUUCUCGGAGCUCCUGGAUUCUGCAGAGAGGACUAUUGGCCUUCACUUUUCCUAUGAUAUCAACCUAACACUUUCUGCACAGAGGCUACAUGAUCUCGGCGAUGAAUAUAGAGCUCUUCCUCUUUGGAGACAGGCAGAACCAAGAUUUCUAUGGAAUGGCUACUUGUUAGAACCUCUAAUUGAGAACAAGCUGAACCAGUACUUAUUGCCAGUAAUUCAAGGCAGUUUUCAAAAUAUCCAAGCAGAAGUUGGAUCAGAGAUGGUAAAUGUGACCCUGAUUGCACGUAGGUGCACACGAAGGAUAGGUACUCGAAUGUGGAGACGAGGAGCUGAUGCAGAGGGUUAUGCUGCAAACUUCGUUGAAUCGGAGCAGAUAAUGCAGUCAAAAGGGUUUACAGCAUCCUAUGUACAAGUCCGAGGUUCUAUGCCAUUCUUGUGGGAGCAGAUUGUUGAUUUGACAUACAAACCUAGUUUUGACAUUGUUAGACAAGAGGAAGCGCCUCGUGUACUUGAGAGGCACUUCCAUGAUUUGCAAAAGAAAUAUGGAGCUGUCUUAGCCGUUGAUCUUGUCAAUACAGGUGGCGGUGAGGGCCGCCUCCGUGAAAGAUAUGCAAAAUCUAUUGAACCUAUUCUUAGUGAAGAUCUAAGAUAUGUGCACUUCGACUUCCACCGAAUUUGUGGCCAUAUUCACUUUGAGCGUCUGUCUCAGCUGUAUGAUCAGAUCAAGGACUACCUUCAGAAACAUAAGUACUUCCUUAUAAAUGAUAAAGGAGAGAAAAUUGAGGAGCAGACUGGCACUACAAGAACAAAUUGUAUAGAUUGUUUGGAUCGCACCAAUGUAACUCAGAGCAUGAUUGGUCGAAAAAUUCUGGAAAGCCAACUUCAACGUAUAGGAGUUCUUGGUGCUGGUGAUACAAUAAGCAAACAUCCAACCUUUGAUACAAACUACAAAAUUUUGUGGGCCAAUCAUGGAGAUGCAAUAAGCAUUCAGUACUCUGGAACUCCUGCUCUGAAGGGAGAUUUUGUUCGGUAUGGGAAGCGAACUACUCAAGGAAUUCUGAAUGAUUUGAGGAAUGCACUUGGUAGAUACUACCUGAAUAACUUCGUUGAUGGGACUAAGCAGGAUGCCAUGGAUCUUCUUCAAGGACAUUACAUGACAUCUGUUAGUAGAGAUAUGGCAGUGCCAAGCAAAGCAGGACUUCUGCAGAGUUAUGCGUCCUUCCGCCUUGCUUUUGCAUUGGUUAUGGGAGCUCUAAUGUUCAUGUUGAUGUCACUGAGACAGGCCCGGAAUGAUGUUCGUCAUUUGUUGCUGUCACUUAUGUGGGCUGGUCUUUGUAUUGGCAUCACACAUUUUGUUAGAGCCAAUGGUCGCACGUUCACUAACCAACCUAGGUUUCACAAGUCACGCCAUUGAUGGUUGCAAGAUGACCAAUUUGCUCGUCAAGCGGCCUCAUAGAUUAUCAUCAUCCAUCAAACUUGUUGACACAGAUUGGUUCACAUGAAGUGUUGCGUUUUUUUGGCACGGUAUUUACCCUUUUGUAAUAAGGUUUCUUCCAUUUUGUAACAAGUUUUUGUUUCCUCGUCGCCUACUUUUGCUUCAUAGUGUUCUGGACAUCAUGGUCUUUGUUAGAAUUUACUUGUAAAAAUCAAGUGAAUAUGCCUUCAGCACAUAUUAUUGUAUUAUGAUUUGUUCAUGCUACAAACGAAGUGAAUACACCUUUUGUGAUUUGUUCAUUUGUAAUAAAAAGUUUGAAUACUCCUUUUGUGCACUCAUUCUGAUGGACUAUCAGAUGUUCCUGCAAACGAUCAUAAACUAGCAUGGCUACUUUAGCCUGUCCUUGACCUUUCUUGAUGUUUUGUUGAAGUCCUACAGAAGCAGCACCAAGAGCUGUCGUUGCUGUCUAUAAAAGAAAAAAGAGAGACAGAUCUUCCAUGUGUACGUCCUUUCUACUGUUCCUUGUCAGCUGUGUCUGCUCCAUCAACUUGUCCAGCCUGCACUGAUAAAAGCUCCUUGCGCCUUCGGUGGCAAGUCCUCUUCUUCCCCUCUACCGGCUGUUUUUUUUUACUUGACCUCGACACAAGGCCUGCUGCUGUGUUCUGCCGCUGCAACUUGUUUGAAGUAGAAGCCAAGACAGACAAAGGAACGAUGUCUACUUCACCGCCCUUCGCCAUCGUCACCAUGCGUCGCGUUCCGUUGCUCGCACUCGAUCUUUUUCAGUUGCAGUGAUACUCUGUGUAGUCUACACACAUGGUGAUGGAGGAGGUAGUAACUGACGCGAGCCGAGCCGAGGUGGACACCUCCCGGCCGUUCCAGUCGGUCCGGGAGGCAGUGGAGGCGUUUAGCGAGCGGCGGCAGGCCGGUGGCAACGGGAGCAGCGCGUCGUCGUCCAGCGUCGAGCUCGGCGCGCCUGAUCCGGCGGCAGACUCACCAUCGUCCGUGAUGCUGGAGUGCCUGAAGAAGCUGGAGGAAGAGCUGGCGGAGGCCAAGGACGAGAUGGUGGAGCUGAGGCAGAGGCAGGCCCAGAUGGAGGUGGCCGUGUCUAGCCUCAGCGUGCAGUUCAGCAAGGGUCUGGCCGUCUACUCCAGGCUCAGCAAGGGCAAGGAGGUGGCCGUCGUCGUCGGAGAAGAGGACAGUGCCCGCGUCCGCAGCGACCGGUGGGACGAGAGCCGGGCCGAGGAGUGGGUGGCGAGCCUCGAGUACCUGCCGAGCCUGUCGGAGGCGCUGGCAAUCAAGAUGGUCGAGGAUGACCUGGGCCACGACAGCAAGGCGAAGAAGAAGAAGAAGAGCAAGAACAAGGCGGCCGGUGCCAGCAGGACCAAGAAACACAAGAGCGGGAUCUCACUGCAAUUGGUCGGGGGCAUGUUGUGCACCAAGAAAGCCAAGUCCAGGUGAUGGUCUCAGAGAUGCAGCCUUUUCAGUUUCCCUACCUUUUUUUCUGUUGAAAAAUCUGCCUCGUGUAUAAGCUGGCAUCUAGUCUGGAACAUAUAGGUAUUCCGCUAGGAUUUCAUGGAACAAUUUGGUUUGAUCCCCGUGUAAAUCCAGCGAAAUCCCUAUUUAUUGUUGCAGAUGGGGGCUGAGAUGCUGCUCCGUAUGUUCUUUUCCCUACCUAAAAUGAAAUACAUGAAUC